AUGGAUAACCCUGUGGUUUCUUUGCUGCAACGAUUUGAUCAUUCUUCUCGACUUCUUCUCUGCACACUGAUGUCUGGACACUGGGGAGCUAUGGCUGCCUUCCGAACUCUUCAACGUUCACAGUCUGUGGAAGAAGGAAGACAACAUUUCAAUUGGCAGAUCUUCACUGAGAAACUCUGUUCUCAAGAGCCAGUGCUUGAAGAGCCCAACAAGACUCUUACUGUGAAACCAGUAUUGGUGCUGCUUCCAGUGUUGUGCCAAAGAAAUCUCUUUUCCCUGUUGCUUAUAGUACAAUCUACAGUGCCAAAGGACUGCCUCAGCUGUCUACUUCAGGCCUCUAGGAAAGAUCCCAAUCCAGAUUUAUGGGUGCAGAGAUUAAGGGAUUUACUACAAGUGGGGAUGAAAGAGACGAGCUGUUUGACACCUGUCUUGCUAUCCAAUGCAUGUCAACAACAGCUGAAAGUUCUGUGCCAGAAGAUUACGGCCCAUGGUAGCAGCAAUCCUAAGUUAGAAAGAAAACUAAACUGGUUUGUUAAACUGGAAGAUUCUUGCUUACUGCCACCUGGAAACACUUCUCACUCUGCAUCCCAGAUUAGGAAAAAAAGGAAAGCAUCUGAAGAAUCUCUGAAUUUUGACGAGGAGAACCAGAGGAAAAGAUCCCAACUGGAAAUUAAAUUGGAUGCAGAACUUUCUCAACCACGGUCUGAACUGCAGGAUGUUGAAACAGCAAGCACUGAGAAAGAACUCAUGCUGGACAUUUUUGGAAAUGAAGAUGUUCACUGCCUAAGCAGCUUCAAUCAGUUUUCUUCCAAAGAAGAUGAAGCAGAAAAGAGAAUUGUCAGCCAGAGUUCCAAGCAUGACACUGUAACAGAAGUUCCUGAUCAUAUCAAAAACCAUGUAUUAAAACUUAAAGAAUUGCUAGAGAUGCAGUUUGAGUAUUCCGAUGGGACUGCCCCUCCUGAACUACAGAUUCUAAAUGAAUGUACUCCAAAUCAGCUGGAAGACUUAUGUUCACUGCUCAAACUCUCAGAAUGCCCAGAGAAUGAGCUUCUGCAGUUCUGCUGCUGGAUAGUGGCACUGUCACCUGAACUUGGCUACAAGAAGGCAGCAAUACUUGCUAGAAAGCUUUUCUUACCUCGGGUUCUUUUGCUGACUGAGCCAGCUUCCUGGCCUCUCACAACUGCCCUUAUGAUGUUCUGCUCCAAAUAUGCUCGCCCAGUCUGUUGCACCUUAAUUUAUUCUAUUGUGCAAGUUCCAGGGCAAGGCCUUGAACAAUUGAGGUUGGUAUGCAAGCUAAUUGAGGAGUGUUUGGAACCAGAAUGUGUGAGGCUGGUGUUCAGUCAUAUUAUAAAAGUGCCAUGGACAGAAGACCUUCUCACAGUUGUGCAUUCUUUGCUGGAAAGACAGGUAGAAUUGUCUAGUGAGCUCUUCAAUGUGUUGGUCCUUAAUCUUUGUCAGAUGGCUCAAACAUUUGAAACUUCAGUACAUUAUGCAAAACUGGUCCUGACUCUGUUGACCAAAUAUCAAAAUGAUAUUUCUUUGGGCCACCAGCACCAUUUAUCAUGUGCUCUGGACCUUAACAAAACCAUCUUAAAGAAAUCUCUUCAGGCCACAUUGAAGAGAGUGACUUCCAAAUGA